UUGAUAGUCGCUGCUGCGCCUCUAUUUCCAUGGUCGCGACCCGAACACAAUGUGUAUAUAGGAAGAACCAAAGCCUCAAGCAUUGCUUCCUAAUUCAGCCUUUCAACAUCAAUUGACUACUAAUUCACAUCUUCGUAGCGCUUUCCUUCUUGUACGCCAGAGCUUGUCUUCCAUACAAGCUCGAUAUCCACCUAAAUCCUCGAGAACUCUUACAAGAGCCAACACCCUGCCAGCUUUCUAACAUCAAAGCACUACCGUCACAAAACCAGCACUCACCGACGCAAUGGCCGACCACAACGAUGGGGACAGCUUUGUGCUCUACCGCUACAACCCCUCCCUAGCCGCAGCCGCUGUAUUCGUCGUCCUCUUCGCCCUCACAACCGGCCUGCACAUCCUCCAAACAAUCCGCAAGCGCUCCUGGUUCAUGACGUCCUUCAUCAUCGGCGGUCUGUUCGAAUUCAUCGGCUAUGUCGGACGCCUCGUGUCGAGCAACGACCGCUACGCUCUGUCGCCCUACAUCAUGCAAACUCUGCUUCUACUCCUCGGCCCUGCACUCUACGCGGCAUCCAUCUACAUGAUUCUCGGCCGCUUGAUCCUGUUGACGGGCGGUGAACCUUACUCGCUCGUGCGCCGCACAUGGCUGACGAAGAUCUUCGUUGGCGGCGAUGUGAUCUCAUUCAUGAUGCAGGGUGCGGGUGGUGGUAUCAUGUCGUCUGGUGCGUCGGGAAUGAAGACGGGCGAGAAGAUUAUCAUCGGCGGUCUGUUCGUGCAGAUCUUGUUCUUUGGACUGUUCUUUGUUACGGCGAUCAUGUUCCAGAUGCGCGGCAGGGAAUAUCUUCUGUCGCUCGGCAGCAGUGUGCCAUGGAAGAGACACCUAUUUGCACUUUACGCCACGUCGAUAUUGAUCUUGGUGCGAUCAGGAUUCAGGGUUAUUGAGUACAUCCAGGGCAACGCUGGGUACCUUCUCAGACAUGAAGUGUUCCUUUAUGUCUUUGAGGCGGUGCUCAUGUUCGCCGUCACGGUCAUCUUAAACGUCAGCCAUCCAGGAGACAUCGCGAUCUUGCUUAAGGGGCAAAGGAUGGAGCAGCCGAGCGACGAUUCCGCGGAGCGCGGUGUUGCGAGCAAGGGCGACCGAUGAAGCACACGCAUAUUGCAAUUCCCGUAUUAUUCUAGACUUUUGCUUUUGUUGGGCGUUUCCAUGGCGUUGGGAGGGCUGGGUCUGGAGAAAAUACAGCUGGUUGACCAAAUUUCGAGGAUGUGAAUGGACAUCUAGAUACGAUUUAGAUAGUUAACAACCGAU